ACUGCUUUUAUUUUGAAGGACCCAACGCCCACUUUGGCUUGGCGUGCCAGCUUGACGCACCGACGGAGCUCGCGCUCUUUCUUAACCAGCGGCACGAGGGAGGCGGAUCUAAGAAUUUGUCUUCUUGUCUGCCAUCCUGUUCGUUCAGGAUCCAAACUUGACGGAGAAAGCUGCGAGGAAAUUAAAAAACAGACGGAUUGUUCCCGCGCGCUCCUCUCAACUUUCUCCAACAACAGGUUCUUGGUCCCUCUGCGACUCCUUUUCCGUGUUUUUCCUCUUUCUUUUUUCUUUUUUCCACCUGAUGGGUCUCAAACUGCGCGUUUAUACUUUUCCCAUCCUCACAUAAUCCCGUGCAGCAUCCUGCAUCUGCCAUCGCCCGGGCAACCAGUCCUCCUCCCGCUCUCUCCAUCAUUUUUCCAUCCAUCCCUCCUCUGGAAGAAGCAGGCCCGCGCACCGACAGCUGCUUUUAUUUUGGAAGCAUUGCCGUGUUUGUUUUGUUUUGCUCCUGUCAAACUCGGGAAUUCCAUGUGUCGGGUUCGGAUUGUCUCCCAAAAUGCCUGUGAGACGCGGUCACGUUGCGCUCCAGAACACCUAUUUGGACACUAUCAUCAGGAAAUUCGACGAACAAAGUCGGAAGUUUCUGAUUGCCAACGCGCAGAUGAAGGACUGCGGCAUCAUCUUCUGCAACGAAGGCUUCUGCCAGAUGUUCGGCUUCACCAGGGCGGAAAUCAUGCAGCAGCCCUGCAGCUGCCAGUUCUUGGUUGGUCCCGGCACCAUGAAGAGCGCGGUGACCCAGCUGGCACAGGCUCUGCUGGGUUCUGAGGAACGCAAGGUGGAGAUCCUCUGCUACUCCAAGGAAGGAUCGUGCAUACCGUGCCGGGUGGACAUCGUCCCCGUUAAAAACGAGGAAGGCCUCGUCGUCAUGUUCAUCCUCGACUUCCAGGAGCUCAUCGAUCCCUCCCUCAAGAAGUCUGGCCUCAGGCAGAGAGUCGCCCAAGGAUGGCUUUACUGUCAGAACCGCAGACUGAAGAUGAAACUGCCGGUCCUGCGCUCAAUGCGACGACCUUCCCUUUCCAAAGAUCAGUUUGAAGGCGUGGUCGUGGAUUACCUGCAGCCCAACAGUGAGGAAGUGCCGCUGAAAGAGUUCAGGAUCCCGUCUAAAGAGAGCUGCAUGCAGUCUGAGACGGAGGCUCUGAUCGAGCAGGACCUGGAUCCUCCGUCUCCUGCGGCGCCGUCCGGCACCAAACGCCGCUCGCUGCUGACGGACUUUCUGGACCCCAGCGCCGCCUUCAACAGGGGGACGCUGAGUCGCAGCUGCUCCAGGGACAGCGUCCUCAGCCUCAGACGAGCCUCGUCGCUGGACGACAUCGACAGCAUGAGGACCGACUGGAACGGCCGGCAAGGAGACUCCCGGAACAACAGCAAUUUGAGGUCCAGCGCUCCAAACUCCACCUCGGACUCGGACCUGAUGAGACUCCGAACCAUCGGCCGCAUCCCUCAGGUGACGCUGACCUUCGGCUCAGACGGAAUGAGACCCCCCUCCCCCGCCGAGAUCGAAAUCAUUGCGCCCAGCAAGGUGAAGGACCGAACCCAGAACGUCACCGAGAAGGUCACUCAGGUCACUCAGGUGCUGUCUCUUGGUGCUGAUGUGCUACCAGAAUACAAGCUCCAGGCUCCACGCAUCCACAAAUGGACCAUCCUCCACUACAGCCCCUUCAAGGCCGUGUGGGACUGGGUCAUCCUCCUGCUGGUCAUUUACACCGCCAUCUUCACGCCGUAUUCCGCCGCCUUCCUCCUGAAUGAGGCCGAGGAAGAACAGAGGAGGUCUUGCGGCUACACCUGCAACCCGCUCAACGUGGUGGACCUCGUGGUGGACGUCAUGUUCAUCGUGGACAUCCUCAUCAACUUCAGGACCACUUACGUGAAUCACAACGACGAAGUGGUCAGCCACCCGGGUCGCAUCGCUCAGCACUACUUCAAGGGCUGGUUCCUGAUCGACAUCGUCGCCGCCAUCCCCUUUGAUCUCCUCAUUUUCCGCUCCGGGUCACAGGCAGAACCUCAGACUCAAACCACUCUCAUUGGAUUAUUGAAGACCGCCCGGCUGCUGCGAUUGGUGCGAGUGGCCAGGAAGCUGGACCGUUACUCUGAGUACGGCGCUGCCGUCCUUUUCCUCCUCAUGUGCACGUUUGCCCUCAUUGCCCACUGGCUGGCCUGUAUCUGGUACGCCAUUGGUAACAUGGAGCGCACUGGCUCCGCCCGUGUGGGCGGUAUGAAGAUUGGUUGGUUGGAUAACCUGGCCGACCAGAUUGGUAAAGAGUACAAUGACAGUGACACAAGCUCUGGGCCCUCCAUCGAGGACAAGUAUGUUACAGCUCUGUACUUCACCUUCAGCAGCCUGACCAGUGUGGGCUUUGGAAACGUUUCACCUAACACCAACCCAGAGAAGAUCUUCUCCAUCUGUGUCAUGCUAAUUGGAUCUCUGAUGUAUGCCAGCAUAUUUGGGAACGUGUCCGCCAUCAUCCAGAGACUGUACUCGGGCACGGCCCGCUACCACACACAGAUGCUGCGGAUAAAAGAGUUCAUCCGGUUCCACCAGAUCCCCGGAGGUCUGAGACAAAGGCUGGAGGAGUAUUUUCAACACGCCUGGUCAUACACCAACGGCAUUGACAUGAACGCUGUUCUGAAGGGUUUCCCGGAGUGUCUCCAAGCCGACAUCUGCCUUCACCUGAACCGCAGCCUUCUGCAGAACUGCAGCGCUUUUCACGGCGCCAAUAAGGGCUGCCUUCGAGCCCUGGCCAUGCGGUUCCGGACGACCCACGCUCCUCCUGGAGACACGCUUGUCCACAGCGGGGACAUUCUCACCGCCCUCUACUUCAUUUCCCGAGGCUCCAUAGAGAUCCUGAGGGACGACGUUGUUGUGGCCAUACUAGGAAAGAACGAUAUUUUUGGCGAACCCAUCAGUCUAUACGGGAGACCGUCGAAAUCCAGUGCGGACGUCAGAGCUUUGACUUACUGCGACCUCCAUAAGAUCCUGAGGGACGACCUGCUGGAAGUGCUGGACAUGUACCCCGACUUUGCAGACACAUUCUGGAAUAACUUGGAGAUCACUUUCAAUUUACGAGAUGCAGAUCGAAUACACCAGCCAGGAGGGAGCAGAGACUCUGAAUGUGGCUACCGCCUGACCAGACAUCAGAGAAACUCCCUCCGCCGCCGGAACCAGCCAGACGGGAUGGAUCACGAGGACUCUUACCCCGAUCCGUCCUGUCCGAUCGGGAUCCACCAGCGCAGACCUCGCUGGGAAGACGUCUGCACCAGCGGGAGUAUCUGCUCCGAAUCCAGCGAUGACGAAAUAGGACCGUCACGGCCCGGGAAGGGCGGGGCUUAUCCCCGCCGGGCUGAUACCAGAGAUUACCCCCCCGCAGGGGUCGGCCUGUUGCCUCAUAGCGGACCCUCAACUGGAAUGGGGUUAUCUGCAGAUCCUGGAGGGGAUCCGUACUCUGCAGCCGCCUCCAUCAGCAUGUCAGGUGUGUUCGGAUACUGGAGCGACGGCAGAGCGGGCCAGCUGUCCGAGAGCCCUCAGCGCCCGUCCUCCAUCAAGGCCGGGUUUCAGCCCGCUGCACGUGUGGCGGAUCGGUCCAGAGAGCUGGAGACCAGGCUGGAGUUGUUGCAGUCCCAGUUGAACAGGCUGGAGACCCGCAUGACCACAGACAUCACUGUGAUCCUGCAGCUCCUCCAGCGCCAAAUCCCAGCAGUUCCUCCUGCCUACAGCGACGUGUCGCCCAGCCUUCACCCGAGCACGCUCUACAACGCAGGAGCGUCCAUAAUCCACACGGUCGCCGGCGCCACGCCUGGGCAGGUGGAAAGCUCCGCCCGGCUCCUGCAGAGUCCAGAUUCUGAAUUCAAAGAGAAAUCCAAAGAUGUUCAUCCCGGCGGCGUCCGUCCCCCUCUGCCAUGCGAUGACAUCACAUCAGCGGAGGCCGACCCUCCUCACGUCGACCUCCCCCCUCCUCAGAUGUCGUGUUCUCAGGAACUUUCUGGACUUCAGGAUGGAAGCCAGCGCUUCCCCUCCCUCCCUGAGCACCUUGAAAACCCCACAGAGAUGCAGGAAUCGCAGAAGCACCUGUCUGACCCCGCCCUGCCCGGCAGCUAGGACAAAAACCCCAAAAUGCCCCCCACCACCGACUCAAUCCUGCUUUCACUCCUCCCUUCUCCUGCUCCGAUGCUGCUUGCAUCAGAGUUCAGAGUGCCUGUCGUGUCCACAGACUCGUCCUCCCGGGCCGCUGAACCUCCUGCACACAAGAGAUUAUUAUGAGCUCAACAAGUCACUGGAUCUGGAAGUGAAGCAAACCGCAUGACAGACUCGGAUUUAGAGGAGAAAACGUCAGCUGGAGGCUUCAUUUCUGAACAUUUAUCAACAUUAAGGACGCCGUUCCAUCCGAGCGGGAGAAAAUGUAAAAUUGUGUUAAACAGUUAGACCAUGCAGGUAGUAAAUAUUAGAGUGUUUUAGAUUUAGUGUUGUGGUUUCUGUUCAACACACUGUCUACAAACUGUGAAGGAUGGAGGUGUGACAGGGAGACAUUAAACUUUCAUCUCAUUUAUCAA